GGAUCGAAAAGACCGACGGGACGGAGCUCUGCCCUCCGGUCCACCUAGCGUGCAGACGGCGUGGUGAGGUGAUGUGAUGUGGGGAUGAGAGUGGCAGCGGAUGAGAUGAGCGGGCUUUUACCUCUGACGACGAGUCCCCAUUCGAGCCGUCGGUGUAGCGAUGUGAGCUCGGGCCCCCGGUCGCUGCUCUUGUGCAGUGCGAGGGUUCGAGCAGGUCUGCAGAUCCAUCGGCGAGCGAGGUUCUACCGAUCGUUCACAUGCCGCGUGAAUUCGUCCGACCCCCUUUCGGAGGGGGCCGGCGGAGGCUCGCAAGACUAUGGUUGGAGUUGUGAUGACGGUGGUGUCGUGUGGGACGCUAGCCGGCUUGCACGAGCGGUCGGUGGAGAUGUUGUGCAAUGGGGUUCUCCUGGAAGCAUUUGCACCGAUAGUCGGAAAAUCAACCGAGGGCAAUGGUUUCUUGCUCUUGUAGGGCCCAAAUUUGAUGGGCAUGAUUUUUUGCAACAAGCUUUAGAUCGUGGUUGUGCUGGAGUAAUCGGACAGAAUGUUAGCUCCGAUUGGCCUCGCGGGUUUAUCAGGAUCGAAUGCUCCUUAGACGCUCUUCAUCUCUUAGCGACGUACGUGAGGAGAUUGUAUAGAGGACCCGUUGUAGGCAUUACAGGAAGCACUGGCAAGACCACAGCGAGGGCCAUGACAUCUCUUGCUUUGAAAUCCUUGGGUCAUGUCCACCAGACAGAAGGAAACUUCAAUAACCAUAUAGGAGUUCCUCUUACACUUCUUAAACUUCCCUUCAGAAAUUCUGCUUGUAUUUUGGAGAUGGGGAUGAGCGCUGCUGGAGAGAUGGAGGUUCUUGCAAGGAUUGCUGAACCAUCUGUUAGAGUUCUGUUGAAUGUUGGCCCUGCGCAUAUGGAGAACUUUGAGAAGCUGGAGCAUGUGGCUGCGGCCAAGGGAGAGCUUUUUAGCUGUGCAAGACCGGGAGACGUUUGCAUUUUGAAUGCCGAUGAUCCUCUUAUCAUGGGUUUGAUUCUCCCACCUGCAGUGCAAGUGAUAUUUUUUGGAAGACGAGCAGGAUGUCAUGUCAAGCUUGUGGAAGCAGCAGUAACUGAAGGAGGUCGCGGUGUCCAUGUAAUUCUUGAGCAGUCCAGCUAUGGAAGUAUCACCGUGGAAAACUUUAACUCUGGAUCCCAGAUUUUGGAAAAUUUACUUACUGAGAAACCCAUACACACACAUCCUCAGAAACCUUUUGAUGGCGCGGCUGUCGGACGGGACUAUCACUCUAGAACGGUGUUCGAUAUCUCAUCCCCGGGGUUACAUCUAGCUAUGAACGCCUGUGCUGCGGCUGCUGUUGCUGUUGCCCUUCGCAUUCCUGUAGAGAAAGUUUGCAAAACGUUAAGUGAAUAUUCGCCUGUUGGGAGGCGGUCCAGACUUGAACAAGUCGGAAAUGUUCAUAUUUUAGAUGAUGCCUAUAACUCGAAUCCUAUGAGCUUGGAGUCAAGUCUAAGAUCCCUCUCCUACAUGGAUUCCAAAAACAGGAGGGUAGCCUUUCUGGGCGAUAUGUUAGAACUUGGUAGAGUCUCAGAGGAUGCGCAUCAAACUGCCCUUGCACUUUGCACGGAGCUGCAGUUGGAUUACGUUGGUCUCGUUGGUCAGUGCUUCGCCAAAGCUGCAAUGUCUUUGGGGAUGACGACCAAUAACUUUUACUCUUUUGAGGACUCGGAGCAGCUUGCGAAGCAGGUCGAUUUUAUCCUAGAACCAGGUGAUACCGUUCUGGUCAAAGGUAGUCGAGGAAUGAAAAUGGAAGCCGUCGUUGAUGCCAUAAGGAGAAUGACAAUCACGUAAUACAUAUCGACUGGAGUAUCGAUUUGAUUC